CCAACUGAUCUGGCACAAGCAUCCAUCAGGUGUUGGGAGGCAUUUGCAGACAAGGAUGUUUUUGGAAGUGCACUGCUACCAGAUCUUAUUUUAAGAUCAGCAUCUUGCGUGAAACUUAACUGCCUAUUUUUCUCCCUUUCAGCAAGCUACAUUGAGCGACCUCAGCUGAUUCGAGCAAAAGUGCCAAUAGUGAAGUUCAGGGAUAAAGUCAGCUGUGUGGAGUUUGACUUGAAUGUAAACAAUAUUGUAGGAAUAAGAAAUACAUUCCUUCUGAGAACCUAUGCAUACAUUGAGAAUCGAGUUCGUCCAUUAGUACUUGUUAUUAAGAAAUGGGCAAGUUUCCAUGACAUAAAUGAUGCCAGCCGUGGUACUUUAAGCAGCUAUAGUCUUGUAUUGAUGGUUUUGCACUAUUUACAGACCCUACCUGAACCCAUCCUUCCAUCCCUCCAAAAAAAUUACCCAGAAUCUUUUGAUCCUACUAUGCAGUUGCAUCUUGUUCAUCGAGCUCCAUGUACCAUUCCUCCUUACCUCUCAAAAAAUGGAUCAAGCCUUGGAGAUUUGCUAAUAGGCUUCUUCAAAUAUUAUGCCACAGAAUUUGACUGGAGCCAUCAAAUGAUUUCAGUUCGUGAGGCCAAAGCUAUUCCAAGACCUGAUGGUAUUGAAUGGAGAAACAAAUUUAUUUGUGUAGAAGAGCCCUUUGAUGGGACAAACACUGCUAGAGCUGUACAUGAAAAACAAAAGUUUGAUAUCAUCAAAGGUGAAUUUCUGAAGUCUUGGCAGGUAUUACGAGACAAGAAAGACCUGAACCGUAUAUUACCUUUAAGAUCAACCAUACUGAAAAGAUAA